AUGCAUAAAUAUUAUAAAAAUGCCAAUUUUCAUCUAUUUUUUUUCGUACGAAAUCGAUUUUGGCCUUUGCUUAUACCAUCAGUAGCUAUUCUAUUUCUAACAUUUUGUCCACAAGUAUCUCAAUCAAUUGAAAUCGAUGCUAAACAACAAAAUGAAAAUUUUGAAAGAACAUUAACUAUACGUGGUUCACGUGACGUUCAAGUGACAACAACAACAUUAUCACCGCAAACACUUUCAAUACCACCACGACCAUCAAGUUUUGAUGAGCUCAUUCAUACUUUAUACGUGAUUUCUUUGGAUGGUAAAAUAACAGCCAUUGAUGCACAUGCAAAUGGUCGCCAAUUAUGGACAGCUGAUACCGGUGCACCAUUGAUUGAUUCAAGUUUAAGUAAAAUUGAAAUAUCGCGUGAUGCACGAUCAGUUCGUCUUAUUCCGUCGUUAAUUGGUGGCCUUUUUGAAAAAUAUGAUGAAGAUGGACAUAUCGAACCAUUACCAUUCGAUGCUGAUGAUUUACUUACGGCAUCCUAUAGUCUUCAUGAAGAAUUAGCAAUAACAGGUGGAAAACAUAUUGAUACACUUGGUCUUGAUUUACAUACUGGCCAAGUAAUCUAUUCAUUUUCAAAUGACGAUCUGAAACAAACAAGUAGAGUCGAUAAUAAUCGUACAACAACAAAAACAGAGCAUACUGAUAUUACAGCGACUUUAGUUGUUAAGCGAACAACACAAACUGUAAGAGCACGAAGUGCUCGAAGUGGACACGAAAAAUGGAAUUUUAGUGUUUCAAAUCAUCAAUUAAUUCAUCUACGUUCUCAAUCAGCUGGUGUUGUUCUCGGAAAAGUUGAUCACGACAGAACAUUUUCUGGCUAUUUUGAAUAUCAAUUGCAAACUGGUUUAGUAUCAGCUUUUGAUAGGACAGGAAAACUUGCUUGGUCGUCAGUAAUUAAUUCACCAAUAGCUGCUGUAUGGGAAUUAAAAGAUGGUGAAUUAAAUGAAAAAUCUUUAUUCGAAAUAACAACAAAAACAUCAAGUCAUAUUUCCGAAGAUGAAUUAGAUGACGAUGAUUCGCUUCCUACGUUACCAAAACCACGUCGUGUAGCUUUCAGCGGUGAAUUUAAUUCAACACCCUAUGUUAUUAUAUCACCUAGUGAUCAAAAAAAAUUAAUUCACGGUGCUAAAACAGGACCUCAUAGUAACAGACGACCAGUAUUAUCUUGGCAUAAAGCAUAUCAAAAACGAACAUUAUCCAUCGGUUCUGAAAUACCUGAUAAUAAUGAUCAACCUCUUCAUGGCUUAUUACCGUCCGAGACUACAUAUCCAGUAGCAUUACGACGAGAUCGAACAGGAAAUCAUAAGAUAAUUCCAUCCGCUACUGACGAAAUAUGUGAUACAGCAGGUUUUCUAGAAUAUAUAACAGAAUCAAGUGGUUCUCUUAUUAAAAAGAAUGAUAGAUUGACUUUCGCCACAAAACUAAAUGCUCAUUCAAAUGUCUACGUACCAACAAAUGUUAUAACAAUAUCAAGCGUUUUUCUUGGUGCUGCAGUCAUUAUAUUAAUGUUGUAUUUAAAACAAAAUCAAUUUGUAUAUAAACGUCAAGAAUCCAUGGUGACAGAGAAUAGUACAAUUGCAACGAUAAGUCUACCACCGACACCCGAAUAUAUUCAAUUACAACCAUCAUUAAUACCAGUAUUUCAAUCAAGAUAUGCGCUCGAAUAUGAACAUGUUCGUUUUCUUGGACGUGGCGGCUUUGGUGUUGUAUUUGAAGCAAUUAAUAAAUUAGAUGAACGCCGUGUGGCCAUUAAACGUGUUUCAUUAAAAAAAGCCUCCGGAAAAGAACGUGCAUUGAAAGAAAUUCGCUAUUUGGCUGUGUUAAAUCAUCCUAAUUUAAUACAAUAUUACUAUGCUUGGAAUGAAAGUCCACCGGUUGGAUGGCAAGAAAAAGUAGAUGAAACAUUAUUAGCAAGAAAUUGUAUAACUACAAGAGAUUCGAUGAGUACUUUUCCAACAUCAGCCAACGAUAGUGAAUCUGUAAAUCAAGCAAAACUUUCAUCGGCAACAGCACCACUAUCUGCAAUUAAAUCAAUGGCAGCACAUCCACCUCCAUCAUUAUUUGAUAUAACAUUUGAUCGUGCAUCGAAUCCUCUUCGUAUCGAUGAAGAUUUUUCAACUAAUAGUAUUAAUAAGGAUGAUGAUAAUAAAUCCGAAAUGAGCUUUUCAUCAUCAUCGGAAAAUCAAUCAAAUAAUCAAUUGGACGCAAACAAUAAUAAUAAAGCAGUCAAAUCUGUUCGUCCGUUAACAACCAUGGCAAAACGUUCUCUUUCGUCGUCAUCACCUUUAUUCGAUCAUUCAUCGGAUUCGUCCAUAUCUUCGAAUGAGUUCAACGAAAAAACUCAAUCACAUAAAGAAGUAACAGAAAGCGAUGAUGGAAUUAUAUUUUUACAUGAGGAACAACGAUCAUCAUCGUCUCCAUCUCCUAUACAAACUCAAACAAAAUCGGCAAAUGAAAAACAGAAAUUAACAAUCAAUGAAAAAGAUAUCCCAACAACUUAUUUUUAUUUUGUGAUGGAAUUAUGUCAACCGGAAUCAUUACGUGAUCGUCUGAUGAAACGAGCUAUUGAUCGACAUCAAGCUUGGUCUAUUUUCGAUCAGAUAACUCGUGGUAUCGAAUAUAUUCAUUCACAAAAAUUGAUUCAUCGUGAUUUGAAACCAUCAAAUAUUCUUUUUUCAAUGGAUAAUACAGUGAAAAUCGGUGAUUUUGGCCUUGUAUCAGCUUUUGGUGAAGAUAAAUCAGCCAUAAAAAAGAAACGUGAUGAUGAAACGUUCGAUCAAAUACAAAUGAUUGAAACAACAUCAGCAACGACAACAACAGAUGUUUGUGAAAACAAUGAACUUGGCGGUACUAUGCUUUAUAUGAGUCCGGAACAGAUCAAUCGUCAGCCAUACAAUCAAAAAGUUGAUAUAUAUGCAAUGGGCAUUAUUCUUUUCGAACUUCUUUAUCCAUUUUCAACACAAAUGGAGCGUAUGCAAGAACUAGCAAAUGUGCGUCUUCAAACGCCAUUAUUUCCCAAGGAUUUCGAAAUUGAUGGUAAUAAUCGUAAUCAAUUAAUAUGUCGUUUGAUUCGUUGGUUAUUAUCGCAUUCAUCACAUGAUCGACCACGAGCAAGUGAAUUACGUCAAGACACAUUUUAUCAACGUAUGUUACAACUUGAAGUGCCACAUUUGUUUUGUUCGGAUAAUCGCCAACAAAAUCAAACCAUUGUAAAUGGACAAGAUCAAACACUUAUAUGUACACAACAACAACAAUUUAAUCGAAGUCCAUCAUCAUCAUUUCGUCGUUCACAUUCAUCGUCUGCUCUUCAAUCUCAUAGAGAAUCAGAAUCAGGAGACCCAGAAAGUUUGUCAUAG